ACUUGAGCAGCAACAUGUGGCAGGAGCAGCAGCAUCUCCAGACGUCUGUCAUAUGCGCGUCACCGCUAUUUUGGACACUUUGGAUGGAGAGCACGAGGACGCGCCAGACCUAUUCUUGAUUCCAUAGAGGAUUAAAUAUAAUCUCAGACAAAAGUCUAACUGUUUAAGAAGGAUAUCGCAUUAAGUUGAUCAUGGCUGCUCUUCAGAGUGGCUCAAACGUAACGCGUAAUUUCACGAAUCAGUUCGUGCAGCCGGCGUGGCGUGUCGCGGUCUGGUCGGUCGCGUACAGCUCCGUGCUCGCGGUCGCCGUGUUCGGGAACAUCAUCGUUAUAUGGAUCAUUCUGGCCCAUAAACGGAUGCGCACCGUUACCAACUAUUUCUUGCUCAACCUGGCGUUCUCCGACGCCUCGAUGGCCGCCUUCAACACCCUCAUCAACUUCAUUUACGCCACGCACGGAGAGUGGUACUUUGGAGAGGUGUACUGCAAGUUCCACAACUUCUUUCCCGUGACCGCCGUGUUUGCCAGCAUUUACUCCAUGACAGCGAUUGCAGUCGACAGGUACAUGGCCAUAAUUCACCCUCUGAAGCCUCGUCUGUCGGCUACCGCCACUAAAGUGGUGAUUCUCUGUAUUUGGACCCUGGCGGUGAUUUUGGCUUUCCCGCUGUGUUUCUACUCCACCACGAGGACUAUGCCUCGCAGAACCGUCUGCUACGUUGCCUGGCCGAGACCCGCUGAGGAUUCGUUCAUGUAUCAUAUCAUAGUAACGGUGCUGGUGUACAUGCUGCCCCUAGUGGUGAUGGGUAUCACCUACACUAUAGUCGGGGUGACACUUUGGGGAGGAGAGAUUCCUGGAGAUUCAUCUGACAAUUAUGUUGGACAACUGCGUGCUAAAAGGAAGGUGGUGAAGAUGAUGAUCGUGGUGGUGGUGACCUUUGCCCUCUGCUGGUUGCCCUAUCACAUCUAUUUCAUUGUGACGGGCCUAAACAAGCGUCUGAACAAGUGGAAGUCCAUCCAGCAGGUCUAUCUGUCUGUGUUGUGGUUGGCCAUGAGCUCCACCAUGUACAACCCGAUUAUUUACUGCUGUCUGAAUGGCAGGUUCAGAGCCGGCUUCAAAAGGGCCUUCAGAUGGUGUCCCUUCAUCCAUGUAUCAAGCUACGAUGAGCUAGAGCUCCGUCCCACCCGUCUCCAUCCACGUUACCAGAGCAGCAUGUGCACCCUGUCCCGGGUCGACACCAGCGUCCACGGAGAUGACCCCCGCCACAGCAACCGUAAGAGCACCAAGUCCCAGUGUCAGGUCGAGGUCAAAGACCAAAACACAGCAGCUACUAAACUCUGCCUUCACAGAGAGCCAGUGUUUGCAAGCGAGCAGCUCAGCUGAA